GUGAAAUAAAAUACUCAAUUCAAAUUUAUGAUGCCUGUAUGGAGGCUUUUGACUGUUUACCAUUGGCGGCUUUGUUAAAUCAACAGUUUCUGUGUAUUCAUGGAGGUCUAUCACCUGAAAUCUUUACCCUCGAUGAUAUCAAAAAAUUAAACAGAUUCCGUGAACCCCCCGCCUUUGGACCCAUGUGUGAUCUCUUGUGGUCCGAUCCGUUGGAAGAUUUUGGCAAUGAAAAAAAUAGUGAUUAUUUUACACACAAUUCAGUGCGUGGUUGUUCGUACUUUUUCAGCUAUAUGGCCUGCUGUGAAUUUCUACAAAAGAAUAAUUUGUUAUCGGUUGUCAGAGCCCAUGAAGCACAAGAUGCGGGCUACCGCAUGUAUCGCAAAAAUCAGGUUACCGGUUUUCCAUCUCUGAUAACAAUAUUUUCGGCGCCCAAUUAUUUGGAUGUUUAUAACAACAAGGCAGCUGUACUUAAAUAUGAGAAUAAUGUUAUGAAUAUUCGACAAUUUAAUUGUUCACCCCAUCCAUAUUGGCUGCCAAAUUUUAUGGAUGUCUUCACAUGGUCAUUGCCAUUUGUUGGCGAGAAGGUUACCGAUAUGCUUGUGAGCAUUUUAAAUAUCUGCUCGGAUGACGAACUUCUAAGCGGUCCAGAUGAUGAACUAGAGGAAGAAAUGCGAAAGAAAAUUGUUCUGGUGCCCGCGAACCAUUCAGAACAACCCAAGAAAUCUGCUGUCUCAGCCCUACGCAAGGAGAUUAUACGAAACAAGAUUAGAGCGAUUGGUAAAAUGUCCCGCGUAUUUUCGGUACUGAGAGAAGAAUCUGAAUCUGUGCUGGCUUUGAAGGGACUUACACCGACCGGUGCUUUACCCGUGGGUGCCUUAUCUGGUGGCAGAGACUCAUUGCGAAGCGCUCUUCAAGGCUUGGGCGCCACACCAGAAAUCCAUUCAUUUGCCGAAGCCAAGGGUUUGGAUGCCGUCAACGAACGAAUGCCGCCCCGACGUCCUGGCUUGGGAGACUCAUCAAGCGAGUCGAGUGUCAAGAAAAAUGGCACCGCUGGAAAAGUACCGAAACGUCCAACAGCUUCCAGCAAGAGUUCAUAG